AUGGCUCCAAAGGUUCAACAAACUAAAGCUGCUAAAGCUGCUGCCGCUUUAGCUGGUGGUAAAAAAGGUAAAAAGAAGUGGAAUAAAGGUAAAGUUAAGGAUAAGGCUCAACAUUUAAUUGUUCUUGAUCAAGAAAAAUACGAUAGAAUCUUAAAGGAUGUUCCAACCUAUAAAUAUGUUUCUGUUUCUGUUUUAGUUGAUAGAUUAAAGAUUGGUGGUUCUUUAGCUAGAGUUGCUUUAAGACAAUUAGAAGAAGAAGGUAUCAUUGUUCCAGUUUUAAAACAUUCUAAACAAUCUGUCUAUACCAAAGCUAACUAA